UAGAUAUAAACGCCUUCACUUUGACAUUAUUUCACUGCCCUGCCUGCCCUUUUCAAUGGCAUAAGCAUUGGAUUGGCCACAACGAAUGCAGCCACAGCCACCCAGUGUCGUCGUCGGUCGUCGAAAGCGUAACAAGGACCAACAAGGAUAUCCAAGGAUAUCCUUGGCCUCGGUUUUUCGUUCAUCUUCAUUGGUUGGCUGGCUGCAGUGCUGUGUUGAGCGCUAGGCGUUAAGGGUGGGCGGUGCGGUGGCGUAAGCGUAACAAGGACCAAAGAUAAUCAAAGACAAUCUCACACGCCCGCGCCCUUCCUCACGGUGUAGAUAUAGAGAUACGUACAAAAUGCUUCGAGGUAGAUAAGAAUAAGGAAACCGUGCGCAGGAUCUCUGCGGCUGACAGCAAACACCGCGGAAAAAAUGGUUAACAAUAUUUUACAGCUCACAAAACGAAACAGAAAACAAAUUGUGUAAUAAAAAAACGGUGAUAACGGUUAAAAAAAAGAAGCUGAAAACAGUGUUGAAGAAGCAGCAGCAACGCGAGUGCUCGAUCCGGUCUACUUUUUCAAAGAAGUAGGCACGCGAAAAACAAACUUCAGCUCCAGCAGGCGAAAUUCAGUGGUUCUUCCUUUUACGAAACGUCAAUCAGAGUUUCGUUGACGCAAUCGGAAUACGGCAUCAAUUACGGUUUCGGUUUACGGUUACAGUGGCGGUUACGGUCACGAUUGCAGUUUUUAUAUGAAUUCAGAUAUCGUUAGAAAGUGCUGGCUGUAGAGUUUAAAAAGCUAAAAAAUAUAUUUAAUCAAAAAUGGCACCCAAAUUCUAAACCUGUGCUCCUCGUUGUUUUCAUUUAUAUUCGGAACUCUACACCACAACUUUGGGAAACAACGAGUGAAUACGCCGAUAUUAACGCGAAAUUGAAGGAUGGAUCUCUCGACAGCCUACCGCUACAAUCAGAAUAUGAUGGAAUAUUAUACAUGUCAUGGAGGAGUUAAUCAACUGGGAGGAGUUUUUGUUAACGGACGCCCAUUGCCCGAUGUGGUUCGACAGCGCAUCGUAGAGCUAGCGCACAAUGGUGUUCGCCCAUGUGACAUAUCCCGUCAAUUACGUGUGAGCCAUGGCUGUGUAUCAAAGAUACUAUCAAGAUAUUACGAGACUGGUAGCUUUAAGGCAGGUGUUAUAGGCGGAUCGAAGCCAAAGGUGGCGACACCUCCUGUUGUGGAUGCUAUAGCCAACUAUAAGCGGGAGAACCCCACUAUGUUCGCUUGGGAGAUACGAGAUCGACUUCUAGCUGAGGGUAUAUGCUCCCAGGAUAAUGUUCCCAGUGUUUCUUCAAUAAACCGAAUUGUAAGAAACAAGGCAGCCGAAAAAGCAAAGCAUGUCCAUCAUCAUCAGCAGCACCAUAUGCAGCAUAAUCUCAGUGGCGGACAACAUGCCACAGAGAGCCUUGAUAGCAGUACAGGUGCAAAUAGCGAUCCGCUGGCAGCUGGCGUUGGGACCAGCAGCAGCAGCACUAAUUCCGCAAACACUAACACAUCAGCAGUGGCAUCAUCAGUAAUUGCUCACGCCCCAAUAUCGACGUCAGCAGCCGACUCCGUCCAAGAUCCAAUAGGUCACUUGAAUAAUAAUAGUAAUGGCACCAGCAAUGGAAAUGUUAGUGCAGGGCCUGAGCACCGAACGACUGGAUAUAGCAUUAAUGGAAUUCUCGGUAUACAGCAUGGACAUCAUUCACAGAACAACAACAACAACAACAGCACCAAUAAUAAUAAUAAUAAUAAUACAACAGAUUCUGGGUUUAAGCGCAAAAGAAUCGAUGCCCAUGAUGAGAACCGCGACACAAACAUUCAUUCGGACGAUGAAGCUAAGCGCCAACGCUUGGGCUACAGUGGAGAUCCGAUUUACCCAAAUAUAUGGUCAGGGAAAUGGUGCAUUAAGGAUGAACACAAACUGCUUUCCGAGCUGGGAAAUUUAACAACCAGCAGCGGUAACAAUGCUCCCUCAUACUACGAACCAUCAAACGGAUUUUCAGCCACCACGAUAACAGGGUCAGGAGCGGCACCAUCUGGCAAUGAUACGUCUAUGCUAUAUGAUAGUAUAGCCACAAUGUCGCAGACACAAGGAGCCCUGUACACACAGACACUCGGUCCAUCAAUCGGCAGCAGUUCGCUUACUCCACUAGUCCCAAUAAAUAUGCAUGACAUGAAGCUUAGUUCAAAUACAGUACAGGAACAGUCAAUCGCACCUUUCUACGCAGCAGCAAUAGCCUUUGAAAACGGAAGCUUUCCGUCAAUAGCAAGCUUGGAUAAUGUCGCAAACUCACAAGCGGGACAAGGUGUCAUUGCAGUUUCGGAAAGCUCUGGUCCGACCAGCAUAUGUUCAAGAACUGUGCGAAAUGAUCAAAACCCCACCGAAAGUAAUAUAAACAGUACAUUACUAAUAAAGGAGCCAGUGGUACGGAGCGACAGCAGGGACAGGGAGGAGAAUGCCAUCAGAUCUGAUAAGAACAUGGAAUCUGAAAAACAAAAUGUGGAGCAGAAUAACCAUAUACCCUUAUCAAACCUGCACCAUAUAACAGAGCAUCAACUAAUAACAAGCAACGGCAGCCCCAUUGCCAAUACCAAUACACAUACCUCAUCUCUAAUACUCCUUCAGCCGAGCGGUGGCACCUCCUCGCUAAAUGUUAGCGCUGUUGACGAUCGUUCAGAUGUUCAUACAAAUGUAUGUAGUAAUGUAGGCAUUUAUGCUACACCUACAGUACUGCCAAGUUUUAAUCAUUACUCUACAGGUUGUAGCUCAGUUGUUCCAGGAACAGAAUAUGCCUAUAGUUCAGCUUACUCACAAUAUGGAGGUGCUUAUGGUUCCUAUGGUUACGGUGCGAGCGGCGGUUUAGUAAAUUCAUCAUACUACUACGAAGGUGGUCAGCCACAGUCAGCAUUGAGCCAGGACCUGCGUUCUCCAUUAGCUGCAACGCGGGCCAAUUCUUUAGCAUCAGCUGCGUCGCCAACCGGUAGUGCAUGCACAAAGUCUGAAACAUCAGAUAUAUUCCUUGUAUAAUCACCAAUCUUAAAAAUACCUCUACCACAUUAAUUAUUGAUUGAUUUCCACUCUUGAUCGGAGAAAACACGGUCUUCGUACAUUUAAUAUUUUUUAUUUGUAAUUGCUAGCCGUUCCAUGAGUUAUAACAGAGGGUCCUUGCAAUAUUAAGUACACAUGUACAUAAAUAAAAAAAUCACACAUUCAUUUGUGUGUUAAAGGCUAUAAAUAAUAUGAGCGGUUCCCAUACACAAAUAUGCAUUUAUUGUUCGAUUCGACCUUUCACGUGCAAGACUUGCAAUAUAUGUAUGUAUUUUUU